AUGGCUCAACAGGUCCAAGGCAAGACGGCCAUCGUCACGGGUGCCGGGUCAGGCAUCAAUCUCGAAUUCGCGCGUCUCCUCCUCCAACAUGGCGCGAACGUCCUGUUCGCAGACCUGGCGCUCCGGCCCGAGGCCCAAGAUCUCGUGGCAAAGUAUGCGUCCACGCCCAACAAAGCGGUCUUCCAAAAGACAGACGUGACCUCCUGGCCAGAGUUGGAGGCCAUGUUCUCGGCGGCCACGCAGCACUUCGGGGCCAUCGACAUCGUGUGUCCUGGCGCCGGCGUGUUCGAGCCUCACUGGAGCAAUUUCUGGUAUCCGCCCGGGACGGCCAAGUCCGGGGACGACCCGGCCAGCGGGCGCUACAAGCUGCUGGACAUCAACUUGACGCACCCGAUCCGGACGACGCAGCUGGCCAUUUCGCACUUCCUGGCCGCCCAGCCGCCGAGCAGUCCCCAGAACCCAAAGUCGAUCGUGCACAUCGCGAGCAUUGCCGGGCAGACGGCCUCGUUGCCUUUCCCGCUGUACCACGUCAGCAAGCAUGGCGUGCAGGCGCUGGUGCGGAGUAUGGCCGAUCUGGAACCCUUGCAUGGGAUCCGUGUGACGUGCGUCGAGCCGGGGGUGGUCAAGACGCCGCUGUGGAUGGACCAUCCGGAGAAGUUGAAGAUGCUCAAGCUGGAUGGCGAGGAUGCCGAUGCAUGGGUCACGCCCGAGGAGGUCGCGCAGGUCAUGUUGAGCUGUGUCAAGGACGACGAGAUCCCAAACGUCAUCGAGGGGAGUCCGAGCGCAAAGGACGUGGCAAUAGAGAGAGAGACCAUCCGGAUCCAGGGCGGGUCGUGUCUGGAAGUCCUUGCAGGGUCCAUCAGAGACGUUCCUAUGUUCAAUAACGUCGGCCCGUAUGCGCUGGGGAGGAUAGGCGCAACCGUGACGGACAGGGAAAAGAUUUAUGAAGAGAUUUAUGAGGUGUUAAAGCCAGGGUGGGGCAAAGCACAGUGA